AUGGUCACCAGCAAGGAAGUCACAGGCAAGGUCCGACCCGUUGGCACGUGGGAUCAGAGUCAGGAGAAAUCGAGCCUUGUCGGCGCCGCCCGUAUCUGGGUCAACAAAGACACACUUAUCCUUCUGACGGGAGGCGUCGAGAGCACAAAACGAUGUUGGAUCGAGAGGACUGCCCCGGCCGCCGCCCUCGAUGACGAUGCCGAAGCGUCCAGUAGUAAGCCCGUACGUCGACAGGCCGUCCUUUCAUGCCUGCUCGACAAAAAGGUGCCCCCGAACGUCUUCCUCACUACCGAUGCCUUUCGGGAGGCGGUCGGUCUGAAGCUCGGCGACCAGCUGUCCAUCAAGCUGUGCGACGAGUCUUCUGUUCCCGCGGCCAAAAGCAUCGUGUUGGAACCCCUAGAUGCGGUUGCUGCCAAGGAAACACCCAACUGGGAGCACGCCGUCUGGUUUCCCCUGAAACGCGCCGUCCACGUCUUUCCCGGCAUGACGUUUGACUGUACCAUUGCCACGUAUAAGAAGAGGUUCCGUGUGCAGAGCGUCAACGCGGAAACUGACAACAUCGCCGCCUGCUCCGAUGACCCCCCUACGGUGUCCUUCCGCCAGCCAGUCACCGACACUCACGUGGCACCAACAAAGCUCGUCGUCCCCGAUAUCCCAGGUCUGGCUGCUGAGAGCAAGAAGCUCAACGAUUUCCUGCGGGGAUUCAACGCCCCCUUCUUGCAUCCUCGCCAUCGACGCUCCUGUGGCAUCGCCGUCCAUGGCGGCCACGGAACCGGCAAGAGCAACCUGCUCGACGUGGUCGCCGCGACCAAAUGGGGCACCGUCUUUCGCGUACAAGUCCUCGACAAAUCCAGCACUGUCGAGGAAACCUUCAAGCAGGCCAAGGCGCAACGCCCCAGCAUCAUACUCAUCGACGAUCUCCACGCCCUCAUCGGCAAAGACCGCGCCAACUCGAGCACCAUCAUCUUCAAGCUCGGCCAGCAGCUCGACGAACUGGCCGAGGAGGCCAGGACGCAGGGGGCGUUGCCCAAGGUCGCCGUCAUCGCUUCCUGCAGCGACUACCUGACCGACAUGCCCGCCGAGCUCCAGCGGUCGACGCGGUUCCAGCUCAACAUUGCGCUUCCCAUUCCCAACCUCGCCGGCCGUGAGCAGGUCCUCCACACCAUGUCCGAAUCCAUCGCGCCCGAAGAGCGAUCCGAGUUGGUCGCCUAUCUCGCGAAACAUACCCACGCCUUCAACCCCGCAGACCUUGACCGGCUCAUGUCGACGGCCAUCCAUCUUCUCGAGACGCGCAUCGACCCGGACCAGCAAGGCCACGCGCUGCCGUCGACACCGUACGUCGCCCGGGCCGACCUCGACGCCGCCCUGCGCUGCACGCGCCCGACGGCCAUGCACGACAUCAACCUCAAGCCGCCGACGAUCCAAUGGAGCGACAUUGGCGGCCAGGACGGCCUCAAAAAGGCUCUCAAGCGCAUGAUCGCCCUCUCGACGACCACCGACCCCCGCGUCCGCGCCCUCAUCAUCAACCCGCCCAAGGGCCUCCUCCUCUACGGGCCCCCCGGCUGCUCCAAGACCAUGUCCGCCCAGGCCCUGGCCACCGAGUCCAACUUUAACUUCUUCGCCGUCAAGGGCGCCGAGCUGCUCAACAUGUACGUCGGCGAGUCGGAGCGCGCCGUGCGCGAGCUCUUCCAGCGCGCGCGCGAGACCGCACCCAGCAUCAUCUUUUUUGACGAGAUUGACUCCAUCGGCGGCCAGCGCGCCGGCGGGAAGCGGAGUUGGCGUCGGUGGCGGCGCCGCGCAGCCCUUCGCAGGGCACCGUCAACAUGCUGA